CCCACCCGUACAUACCAGUGCCGCCAUGUUGAUGAAGAUGCUGUCGAGGCCGGCGCUGAGCGUGGCGCGCAAGCAGCUGUCUCCCGCGUCCGUGGCGCUGUUCAGCUCCGCGCGCGAGCAGAACCCGAGCGUGUUCUUCGACAUCUCGAUCGGCGGGCAGCCCAGCGGCCGCCUCGUGUUCGAGCUGCGCGCCGACGUGGUGCCCAAGACGGCCGAGAACUUCCGCCAGCUGUGCACGGGUGAGGCGGGCGUGGGACAGUCGGGCAAGCCGCUGCACUACAAGGGCAGCAAGUUCCACCGCAUCAUCCCCAACUUCAUGUGCCAGGGCGGCGACUUCACGCGCGGCAACGGCACGGGCGGCGAGUCCAUCUACGGCGAGAAGUUCGCGGACGAGAAGUUCGCGCUCAAGCACGAGGGCGUGGGCGUGCUGUCCAUGGCCAACGCGGGCCCCAACACCAACGGCUCGCAGUUCUUCCUCACCACGGUGGACUGCCCCUGGCUGGACCAGGCGCACGUCGUGUUCGGCCAGGUCACGGAGGGCCACGACGUGCUCGAGGCCAUGGAGGCGAUGGGCAGCCAGUCGGGCGCCACGCGCGCCCCGGUGGUCAUCGAGGACUGCGGCGAGCUCAAGGACUAAGCGCGCGCUCGUUCUUUGCAGCGAGAGUGAGUCACCCGAGGUCGACUAACAUGGCUGGCUAAAAGUGAAAAUUGACUCCAGGUU